AUGAAGGACCAAGGCAAGGGUGCACGCAUAGUUGGAGGUGCUGGGAGCGCCUUCCUCACACGACCUCGUGGACUAUGGGAGACGGACUACCGCUUUGCAGUGGCUGGUCGUCUAAACCAGCUCGACACCCAUAGUGUCCUCAAGCGACGACGUUUACGCGCCCAUGACAAGUGCCGAUCUCCUGGAUGCUCUCGAUCGGAAACGCUGGCACACGUGCUCAACCACUGUGCUGGUACCAUGGAUGUUGUUCGCACUCGGCAUGACGAAGCCCUCAAGCUUAUCGAGCGACAGGUGACGGCGUCAGCAGGUGACAACACGGAUCGCGUCGAGCUUCGGGUGAACCAGACGGUGCCGUCGCUACCUGGACCGGCGCUGAGGCCCGACCUUCAAGUAUACAACCACACCAAGCGAACGGUGUCGGUGGUGGAUCUGGCCAUUGCGUUCGAGGAGCAGACUGGGGAUGACCCCGACACGUCUUCGCUCACUCGUAUCGCUGCGCUCAAGAGGACCAAGUACGCCGGUAUCAAGCGUCAUCUCGAACACCAAGGAUGGACCGUGCAGCUUUCAGCGCUGGUCUACGGGUCACUCGGUGCGGUUGCUGGUGGUAACCUCGCGGUUUACACCGAGCACCUUGGAAUGCUCAAGUGCGAUGCGAAGCGGCUGGACCGGCAGUUAUCUGCCCACUGUAUUACGUCCAGCCGUCGCAUUUGGAAUCUGCAUUGCAGCAUGCAUCGAGCGCGCCAGCAACCAAGGAAACCAAGCGAAUCAAGAGGAUCAAGAGCGUCAAGACAAAGCUCAAGGGGCAGUCGAGUGACGGAGACCGGGGGGAAUCCGUCACACAACGGCCACCGCUAG